ACUUCAAAAUUCAAAUUCGACUCUCAGGGACGGAGGCACCUCACUGCGCCAGACACUUCUCUCUCUCUCUCUCUCUCGAUUCUCAACUGAAUUCCAAGUUAAGGUUUCUGAAUUCCCUGAUAUGCUGAGGAGCGUGUUAGGGUUCAUGAUCCGUUUCUUCUUCCGAUCCUUCACCAAAGCGAUGGGCUGCUUCUUCGCGUGCUUCAGGAUCAGAGACAAUCGCCGCACAAACACAUCGCAAUUGAUUACCUCCUCCACUCAAUCCACCGGUGUUGUGGUAUCUCGAAAUCGCUCGUCUUCUUUAUUAUCUGAAGAAGAGAGAGAUGAUUCUGCGAGGAUUGAUGGUGUUGGGUUUGAGGGAGAUUUCCAGGGGCUUAAGGAUGAGGCUAAGUUUCUUAAAGCUUGUGGGACCUUAGCAGGAACACCUGCUGAAAUUCGUAAAGCAUCUGAGAAGUUGAAAUCACUUGCUCCUGAUAAAGAUUCAGACCCUUCAAGAUUUCAUUCUUGGCUUCCUAACACGUCUGUGGAGAAACUGCAGCUGGAUGUCCAACCAUUUGAUCCACCAACUCCCAUAAAUCUUUGCCAAAAAUUGGGAAAUAGCAUGGAUUCAUUUGAGCACACACCAAGCAGCCGUAUCUCCAAAGCACAAGAUACUGAAGAUGACUCUGUUGACUAUAUGGAAAAAAAUUGGUCAGGGAACCUUCAUACGGCGGAUAGGUCUGAAAGGAAUGCAGCUUUGGUUUCACCUUUGCUAGCCACAUAUACUCAGAGAAAGAACAAGUCUGUUCGUUUUGAAAGUGAAACUGACUUGGCAACCUAUGGAAGCUCAUCAGAUGAUUGGCAUAUGAAGGAAAACAAGUCACCAAAUAGCCAAAGUGCAUAUAAACCAUCUCCUUAUCCUACCCCGUUGAAGUUAUUUGACGAGAUGCAAACACCAGGAACUGUGUACCCUGCAUCAUUAGAAGAGUUACGUACGGGUAAGGCUCAAGUUCGGUCCCAGUUUGUCUAUCCAACUAACAAACCAGGUGAUAAUGUCUUCUGGUGCAAAAUACUCGAGGAGAGAGAUUUUAACCUUGAAGAAGAUUCAAGUGACCUGAGUGAUUUGGUUGAGAAAGCUCAAAAUGAAACUCCUACCCCAGAAAAAGGGUCCAAGAAAUUUUCAAAAGAAAAUGACGAUGAGGUCAAAUCAAAUUUGUCUGCUAGAAUAAGUCCUGUGUCAACCAUCAAGGAGCAUUCGCCUAUGCCAUUUAAGUGGUGGUAUGACAAUGGCAUCCCGAAUUCAACAACUAAGUACAAGGAGGACCAGAAAGUAAAAUGGCAUGCAACCCCAUUUGAAGAGAGGCUGGAUAAGGCACUGUCUGAGAAUUUUAUAUCUCAAAGGAAGCUUGUUUGUGGGAAACCAGUGGAAUUUGAUGAGAUUGAAGAAAGUGAUACUACAUUAUCUCAGCUAUAGUCGGAGACUCAUUUGCUGCCUGUGGUGGCUUUUUGAUAUCUGUAUAUGUCCAUCCCAUCCCGUUGUAGUCACUUAUAUGGGAAGUAAUUCAAUAUUCUGGAAACUAAGUACGAAUAAACAUCAUUCAGCAUGCUGGUUGCUUUGUAUCAGCAGUUGAUUAUACAAAUUUUGCAGUACCAUAGAACUAUAUAUAUGCGUAAGAAGUGAGGAAAAUUUUCAUUCACAGGAGGAAAGUGAUAGAACUGAAUGGUUUUGGAUAAGAACGGUAGGAAGCUUAGAUCUGUACAGUCAGAUUUCUUUCAUGAUUUCUUCUCAUGAGAAGCUUCUGAUCAUUCUGUGAAUAAAUUGAUAUUUGUUAGUCGUGGA